UUCCGCAAAAGAAAGGCAGGAAGCUCAAUAACUGUCAGGGUGUAGCGGACUCGGCAUAAGACGCCCUGCUAGGUGUGUGACGUGCCCCAUGCAUUAUUUAAAAAUUUAAACCCAAUACAGUUUUCGUCAUAUAUAACUGGAUAUAAGGCUAUCGCUCUAAAGAUGGACGAUAUUGACGCAAUGUUCAGUGACCUGCUGGGGGAGAUGGACCUCCUAACACAGAGUUUAGGGGUGGACACUCUUCCCCCAGAGUCUGAAUCAAGUUCAAACAAAGAACUCAACUUCUCCAUCGGGUUCACAGAUUUGAACGAGUCUCUCAAUGAACUGGAAGACAAUGAUUUGGAUGCCUUGAUGGCGGAGCUGGUAGCAGAUAUCAGUGCAGCGGAAGAGAAGCUGACGACGGCAGAGAGCACCCAUCCCGCACCCCACCCUGACCCCAUGGACCUGCCCCCACCACCCCUGCCUCCACAGAACUACAGCCUCCUUUCCUGGCCCAACAAUGACGACAAUGCCACAGUCCCUGUGCCCUCACAUGCAGCCUUGCCUCCAGCACCUUCCUCACAACCCCCAGCCCCGCCUCAGGCGUCUAAGCCUUUACUUCCGGAAGAAAUAGAAGCACAAGCCAAAGCGGACAAAAUAAAGCUUGCCCUGGAAAAGCUGAAAGAAGCUAAAGUGAAGAAGCUCGUGGUUAAGGUGCACAUGAACAAUGGCAGCUCCAAAACGCUGAUGGUGGACGAGAGGCAGACGGUGCGAGAUGUGCUGGACAACCUCUUCGAGAAGACACACUGUGACUGCGGGGUGGACUGGAGUCUGUACGAAACCAACCCCGAGCUUCAGAUUGAAAGAGGCUUUGAAGACCAUGAGAAUUUAGUGGAACCUUUGUCUGCAUGGACACGGGACAGUGAAAACCAGAUUCUCUUUCUGGAGAGAAUUGAUAAAUAUGCUGUCUUUAAAAACCCUCAGAAUUUCUACCUGUGGAAGAAAGACAAAAAGACUCUCAAAGACAUGAAAGAGAAGGACAAGGAAAUGCUGCUGAAGGAGAACUUUUGUGGGUCCUCCAUCAUUGUUCCAGACCUGGAGGGGCCUCUCUACCUGAAGGAGGAUGGGAAGAGGUCCUGGAAACAGCGUUAUUUCCUGUUGCGGGCUUCAGGGAUUUAUUACGUUCCCAAAGGAAAGAGCAAGACAUCACGUGACUUGACUUGCUUCGUCCAGUUUGACAACGUGAACAUCUACUAUGGCAAAGAGUACAAACAGAAAUACAAGGCACCCACAGAGUUCUGUUUCGUUCUCAAGCACCCUCAAAUUCAGAAGGAGUCUCAGUACAUCAAAUACCUGUGCUGUGAGGAUGCCUGGACCAUGACCCUGUGGGUAACUGGGAUCCGAAUCGCCAAGUACGGGAUGACGCUGUACAACAACUAUAAGGAGUCCAUGAAGAAAGCUGCAGUGUCCUCUAUGUGGUCCAACCGUACCAUCGGCAACUCAAAAGGAACAACGUCCUCUCAGCCCAACGGACAUGCUCCACAGCCCCCUGCACAGUCACCUGCUAUAGCCACUGCCUUCUCCGAGGCCUGGAAGUCUGCCGACACCAAGGUUCAUGGCAAUGCUUCCUCUCUGCCACUUCCGCCCCCACCAGAUGAUUUUCUACCACCUCCGCCCCCUGACCCAGUAAUUCCACCUCCACCCCCACCCCCAGACUCCAUGCUCCCACCCCCACCCCUAGACCCAAUUCUACCACCCCCACCUCCAGGCUGCAUGUUGCCACCCCCACCCCCAGAUCCCAUGAUGCCACCCCCACCUCCACCCCUGUCUGGAAAGAAACAUUUAAGGGACUCCCUCAAAGCCGCGGCUCAACAGCAGGCGGCAAACCUCCCUCCUCCGCCCAUGGAAGACUUUCCGCCUCCUCCCAGCCACCUCCUGGAUGCACCCCCGGACUUCUUGCCACCUCCGCCUCCUGCCCCCGGGCCUAUCGGAGGAGGAGGAGGAGGAGCUCCUCCCCCACCGCCUCCACCACCCCCGCCUCCUCCCGCUUUUUCGGCUGCUCCCACCCCUGCCCUGAGAAAAGUGCGUCCGCCCCCGCCAAAGAGGACUGAGCCCGUAGCAGCAGGGCCCCCUGCAGGCGACCUCAUGUCGGAACUGAUGUUAGCCAUGCGGAAGAAGAGGGCCGACCAGUAGUGUUUUUUGACAUGUUGCGAAAGGGUUCACCGGUUAUAUUCGUGCCAAAACUGUUGAACACAGGAAGUAAUACCUACUAAAUAUUUACCAAAAUUUGCAAUAAUCUUAAAGGGCUGUUAAGAUACUGUUCUAGUGCAUUGAUGAGUCCCACAGUAUGGUGUUGAAUCCAGGGAUGGGAGGGUUAUAGUUGGCCAGGAUGUUAGCAUCUCACCAGUCGAUCAAGCACCUGAAAUCUGUUAACCUGUUAAUCUGCACAGCUAACAAACCAAUGUAAAUAGCAUAUCUCACCUUCUCUUUGUAUUUAGGGAGUACAUGUACAUACUGUAUAAACCAACAAGUUUAUUGAUGGUCAAGGAGAAACUGAAACUAAAAACCUGUCUGACUACGGCAUGGCUUCUGGUGUGACAGAACCUUGGGUGUACGUUGAGAAAAAUAAUGGAAGAAGUCCAGAUUAACUGUCUCAAUAAAAAUAUGUAUUUUAAGUGGA